AUGUCUGAAUCAGAAAGUAAGUCAAUAAAAAAAGCGCAAAAAUUAUAAGGCAAAUUGUCAAGGAGCCAGAUGCUGGAGGAGAAAUUCAAAUUGGAAGAACAAUUAAAAGAUAUUAAAGAGUCAUAUGGAAAUUUGCCUGAAAAAAAGCAGGAGCCCAAAACUAAUACUCAAUAUAGAUGGAAUUAUAUCCUAAAUGAGAUGAGUGAAAUGCAACAGUAUAUGACGAGGAGACUGGAAUGCUUCAAAUUUAAGACUAAGAAAUUAGCAGAAUAAGCAAUUAAUAAAAGGUUAAAAUAUUAUGAGGCAAUUAAGGAAAAAGAGAAGAAUGAAGAAAAGAACCAAUUUAGACAAUUACAAAAAGUAGCCAAAACUGUAUAGAGAGAAUUUUGGAAAUACGUGUGGCAAAUACGAAAGCAAGUGCAAUAAUUCAAGGAUGACAAAAUAAAAUAGGAGACUCAAAAAUAGAAGUUAGGAGACAUAGUUACUAGAUUAAAAGAAGUUACAGAAGAAAUUGGAUAGAAGUUAUCCCAAUAUUAAAAUGCACAAUAAGAAGAUGAAACCAACUUGAUACCAAUUGAGAAAUUCAAAACACUCUAUUAUGAAUUAAAACGAAGAUAAAAUGCAUGGCCAGGCUUCAAAAAAUAAAUAUAGUCAGUUUAAUCAAAUAUUGUAAUUGAUCUCAUAAAAGUGGGGCAAGACAGAUAUGAAAUAGCUAAGGUUGAGUCUAAAGAUGAAGAAGUGGAUGAGAGUAUAUUGGAUGCAGACAAAUGUUUAAAGGUGCUUAAAAAAUCUAAAUAAUUCCCAUUUCUAUUCGAAGCAGAAGACAGUUUGUUGGAAUAGUAACCAUUUUUAUUGAAUGGACAAUUAAGAAUAUAUUAAUUGGUAGGAGUUCAUUGGAUGGCAAGUUUACAUCAAUAACAGAUGAAUGGAAUUUUGGCAGAUGAGAUGGGUUUGGGAAAGACAAUAUAGACUAUUGCUUUAUUAGCAUACCUAGCAGCAAAUAAAUAAAUUUGGGGUCCUCACUUAGUUAUUGUUCCUACAAGUAUUUUGAUGAAUUGGGAAAUUGAAUUCAAGAGAUGGUGUCCUGCUUUUAAAAUUAUGACUUACUUUGGGUCACCCAAAGAGAGGAAAUUAAAAAGAUAAGGAUGGAGUUAAUUGAACAGUUUCCACGUUUGUAUAACAAGUUAUAAGAUUGUGAUAUAGGAUAGCAAAGUGUUUAAAAGAAAGAAGUGGUAUUACAUGAUAUUAGAUGAAGCUUAACAUAUUAAAAACUUUAAAUCUCAAAGGUGGUAAGUCUUAUUGAAUUUUAAUACAAGAAGUCGAUUGCUUUUGACAGGAACUCCCCUUUAGAAUGAUUUAGGUGAAAUUUGGAGUUUACUUCAUUUCUUAAUGCCCUCAAUUUUUGACAGUCAUUAAGAUUUUUUACAAUGGUUUAUGAGUAUAGAGAAAGCCAUCUAGGAAAAUAAAACAAUUUCAGAAGAAGUCUUAAGAUAAUUGCAUGAUAUAUUGAGACCCUUUGUUUUGAGGAGGUUGAAGAAGGAUGUAGAGAAGUAAUUGCCAGAGAAAAGGGAGAUAAUAGUGAAAUGUGAUUUGUCAAGAAGAUAGAAAUAUUUAUAUGAUGAAUUCAUUCAAUCUUCUGGCAACUUCGAAAUCUAAGGAACAGAUUUUGUUACCAUGAUGAACAAAGUGUAAUAAUUAAGAAAAGUCUGUAAUCAUCCUGAACUGUUUGAAUAAAGACCAGUAGAAUAACCAUUCUUUUUCCCUGCUCUCAAAUUUACAUAUCCAAAAAGAGUUUAAUUAAAUCUAAGACAAUCUCCAAUCAAAUUACAUGUUACAUAAAUUAAACAAAGAUUCCCCUCCUAAGAAGUCUUAUAGUUCUAUUCAAACAUAAUUGAAUAACGAAUUAUGAAUAAAAAGGCAUCAAAAUUUGGUAAAAGAUGGGUUGAAUUAGAAAAUUCAUAAGUUUAAUCUAGAUUCAAAUCAAAUAUGUCAAAUAGCUAUAGAAAAGUAGUAUUCUACCACGCUUUAUUGACAUACAAUCCUGAAAUGCUUACUUGUUGUAAAGAACAAAUUAAAAGCUUCUUGAUGCCAACAGUUGAUUACUUAUUAGAAAAAAUGCAAGAAACUCUUAAUGAAUUCAGUUGUGUCAUCAGAAAAGUUGAUGCUUUGCCAUAACAACUCUAUUAUAGUCCUUAUCAAGCAUAAUAGCAAGAUACUAUACCUAGAGGUGUCGAUUCUUUGUUUUAUAUGAUCUAAAAAUAAAGGAUGCUUUUCCCAAAUAAGAAACUAUUGAUAUAUGAUUGUGGUAAAAUGAAUACUCUGGUCUCUUUAAUUUAUAAAUUAAAAUCACAGAAUCAUAAAAUCAUCAUUUUCACAUAGAUGACUAAGAUGCUCGAUCUUUUUGAAGCAGUCCUAUCUCUGAGUAAGAUUUCCUAUUUGAGAUUGGAUGGAUCUACUCCAGUCGAGAUGAGAUAAAAGAUAGUAGAAAGUUUUAAUCAAUUGAAUAUCACUUGCUUUAUCUCAUCAACUAGAAGUGGAGGAAUUGGAUUAAAUUUAACUGGAGCUGAUACUGUUAUAUUUUAUGAUACUGAUUGGAAUCCAGCUAUGGAUAAACAGGCUCAAGAUAGAUGUCAUAGAAUUGGUCAAGUUAGACCUGUGACUAUAUAUAGAUUGAUCACUAACUCUACUAUCGAAGAGAAUAUCUUUUUGAAAUCUUUGCAGAAAAGAUAAUUAGAUGAUUUUGUGAUGCAAUCUGGUAUGUUCAGUCCAGAAUAAAUAUUAAAAUCCUUUUAACUCUUUGAUGAUGAGAAAAUGGAUUAAGCCAUCAAACAAGUUGAAGAUAUUGAUGAUAGAUAGGCUGCUUAAAAGGCUUUGAUUGAAGAAUAAAACUAUUAAAUGAAUGGAGCUGAAGAAAUUGAAGAGAUUGAAAAAGGAGAUAAUAUGGAUUGGUUAAUACCUAAUUAAUUACCACCUAUUGUAAAAUAUGGAUUGAAAAUGAGUGAUUGUAUAGUUAAUGACAAUGCUGAAAUAUAGAAGUUAUAAGAUGAAAUGGAUGAAGGAGAAGAGGAUGGGGAAGAUGAUGAAGUAGAUCAAGAAGUAGAGGAAGAAGAAGGAGAACAAGAAUAAGAAUAAGAUGAUGAAUAAGAAUAAGAAGGAGAAUAAGAUUAAGGUGAAGAAUAAGAAUAGUCAAAAAAUGAAGAAGAUUAAUAAUAAAUUAAUGAAAAAAAGAAAAAAAGUAAUAGUAAAAGUGUUGAUUAUUCUGAUUCUGGAAACCAUGUUUUUUGUGUAGAAAAUUAAAAAUGA